AUGAACUCCAGCUCACAACAGAGCAGCAUCGCGGAAGGCGCUACUGCGGCCGAGAUGCGCGUUGUGUGUGCGGAUGUCGCAAAGGCAGAUGGGGAAGGGAGCGCGGCUUUGCAGGAGGAGGGGGUCUCGGGCCAAGUGGAUGUCGAGCAGGCGGCGAAAGAGCGCGAGAGUAUGAACAUCGAGUUCCACGACGCGUGCGACGACCUUUCUCAGGAUGUCGAUUGGUCUACCACCGACGACGACAGCGAGCUGAGCUUUGAGGACGCGGAGGUCGGUACGAAUCAGCAAUUCGCCGACAAUGUGCUGGACCAAAGCCCGCCAGCUUAUGAGGAAUCGGAAGCGCUGUCAUCCGAUUCCGAAGACUCGAUGACGGAAUCUUUGUCGUCUGAGUCCAAUUUUUGGCCGGAACUUGUCAGGCGUCUUAUGCGCGACGUGAAUCGGGAGGAAAUCGGUAGGCAGCAAGCGGAGGAGCACGUCACAGCGCUGGAGGAGCAGCUCCGAGGCGCUGGACUCGUUCCAAUUCCUCGACCCGCGUCGCAAGGGACUCUGGCUGAGCGCACCGCGGGUCGUCUGCAGGUCCAGUACGAUCAGGUGGACAGGGAGGCGGACCUGCACGUAGGGCAGCUAAUGGAUCUAACCAUCAAGGUCGAUGAGCUGGAGGAAGAGAAGGGAAAAGCCUUGGCGGACAACGUCGAGCUGGAGGAGAAGCUGGCCAGCAGUAACGAAGCAAUGGACAGCCUGAAGAAGGAAGUCUGGAGGCUCAGAGAGGAGAAUGCAGCUGGACUUGCGAGAGACUUUGAAGCUGUAGAGACUCUCGAGCGGGAGCGUCAAGACGCCGAGGAGGACAAGGCCGAGCUUGCAGAGCACAUUGCUCAGCUGGCCGCGAUCAAGCAGCGUGAUGAUGCAGCGAUCGCGGAGCUGAAGGCCAAAGUGCAGCGGCUCGAGCAGACUUCUACCAGGGCUCAGUUGGUUUCCAGUGGCGCGCGCACCACUACCUUGCCUUCCCGCAAACAUUUGCCGCAGCAGCGAUCUGCACCUCUUGCUCGCGUGCUGCCGGCGAGCAAUGCUCCGCAGCCUCAACGUCAACGACCAUCGGCUCUCUCUCGCAUUAUGCAGUUAAGUGACGACGCUGGCGACAGCAGCUCAAUGCGCUCGCACGAGGGCAACACAUACACUGCCGGUCCGCGCUCGCACAGCUGGUUCAAGUGGACCAACAGUGGACUGCGCAUUCUGCAUGGCUCGCCCAACUCUUCCGGGGCCAUUUCAGUGACGGCAAACGAGGACGACUUUGCGGGACCCGAUUCCGACUAUUCGAGCAGCCUCGAGUGA